AUGGUUAGCUUAUCAGGAGUCAUUGUAUUGGCGAUUAUACUCCGAAUAGGGUUCUUUCUUUUUGGAUUGUAUCAAGAUGAAUAUAUGCCAGUUAAAUAUACCGAUAUAGACUACUUGGUAUUUUCCGAUGCCUCGCAUUAUGUCUGCCAAGGACAAUCACCAUAUCUUCGAGAAACUUAUCGGUACACACCCAUACUUGCAAUGAUGCUCCUACCUAACAAUUGGGGACCUAUAUGGUACAGUUUUGGUAAGGUUUCAUUUAUGAUUGGUGAUUUAGUGACGGGUGUCUUGAUUGCAAAGUUGUUGUCCAGAGAGAAGAAUUUGUCAAAGUCAAAGUCAAAGAGGUUGAUCUUGUCGUCAUUGUGGCUUUUGAAUCCAAUGGUUAUCACAAUUAGUACCAGAGGAUCAUCCGAGAGUAUAUUGACUGUUUUGAUAAUGCUUUCGUUAUACUGCUUGAUUGAAAGUAAAAACGUUUUGGCGUCAGCAUUUUGGCUUGGGUUGGCAAUUCAUUUCAAAAUAUACCCUAUAAUCUACAUACCGAGUAUUAUGUUGUACUUGACAAAUAGCUCACAACCAAUUGUUAAUUAUCCAGUAAUAAAAUUGGUCAAUGUGCCAAAUCUCAAGUAUGCUGUCUAUACAGUUGUCACUUUAGCAAUGUUUAACGCAUUGAUGUAUUUCUUGUAUGGACAGGAGUUUCUUGACCAUUCAUAUUUGUAUCAUAUUACAAGAAUAGACCAUAGGCAUAACUUCUCAGUCUAUAAUAUGGUACUAUACUACAAAUCGGCAUUACCAGCAUCAUCUAAUAUAGAUAUUGAGACAUUGGCUUUUAUCCCACAACUUUUAUUAUCAGGGAUUAUAAUCCCAUUAAUAUUCGCAAAACAAGAUUUAAUUUCAUGCUUGUUUCUACAGACAUUUACGUUUGUCACAUUCAACAAAGUCAUUACAUCACAAUACUUCAUUUGGUUUUUGAUUUUCCUUCCUCAUUUUUUAUUUAAAUCCGAUUUACUUCAAACUAGACGCAUUAAUGGAGUGUUUGUCUUGCUUUUAUGGGUUAUUUCACAGGGAUGUUGGUUGUACAAUGCUUACCGAUUGGAAUUUUUAGGAGAGAGCACAUUUGAUUAUUCAUUAUUUAACUCAUCAUUAUUCUUCUUUUUGAGUAAUUGUAUAUGUAUUGGUGAGUUCAUAAAAAGUUUAUAG